CUGAAUUAUAGGGUGGUUUCACACGUAAAUAUUCUCUUAGCUCAAAAACAGGAACACUUCUUCCAGAAUUCCCCAGCGCUCAGCACCUUGUGUACCAAGGAUGUGUUUCUAAGGACAAGGUUGACACCCUCAUAAUGAUGUACAAAACUCACUGUCAGUGUGUCCUGGACAAUGCAAUCAAUGGGAACUUCGAGGAGAUCCAGCAUUUCUUACUGCACUUCUGGCAAGGAAUGCCUGACCAUCUCCUUCCCCUCCUUGAAAAUCCUGUGAUCAUUGACAUUUUCUGUGUCUGUGACUCCAUCCUCUAUAAGGUUCUCACAGAUGUACUCAUCCCUGCAACAAUGCAAGAAAUGCCCGAAAGCCUAUUAGCAGACAUAAGAAAUUUUGCUAAAAAUUGGGAACAGUGGGUAGUUUCAUCCUUGGAAAAUUUGCCGGAAGCCCUCACUAACAAGAAAAUACCCAUCGUGCGGAGAUUUGUGUCUUCCCUGAAACGACAGACGUCUUUCUUACAUCUGGCUCAGAUUGCCAGGCCAGCUCUCUUCGACCAGCAUGUUGUGAAUUCUAUGGUGUCUGAUAUUGAAAAGGUUGACUUGAGUAGCAUUGGCUCGCAAGCUCUUCUUACCAUCCCGGGCAGUGCAGACACUGACUCUGACAUCUACAGUGAGCGUGAUUCCAUCACUGUGUUCCAAGAACUGAAGGACCUCCUGAAGAAGAACGCCACGGUGGAGGCCUUCAUCGAAUGGCUGGACUCUGUGGUGGAACAGAGAGUGAUUAAGACCAGCAAACAAAAUGGAAGAUCAUUUAAAAAGAGAGCUCAAGACUUUCUGCUGAAGUGGAGCUUUUUUGGAGCUCGAGUGAUGCAUAAUCUCACCUUGAACAACGCGUCAAGUUUCGGCUCUUUUCAUCUGAUCCGAAUGCUUCUGGAUGAAUACAUUCUCCUGGCCAUGGAGACUCAGUUUAACAAUGACAAAGAGCAAGAAUUACAGAAUUUAUUAGACAAAUAUAUGAAGAAUUCAGAUGCAAGUAAAGCCACCUUCUCUGCUUCCCCGAGCUCCUGCUUCCUGGCUAACCGCAAUAAAGGGAGCUCAGUGUCCAGUGAGGCAGUGAAGAAUGAAAGCCACGUGGCAACAGCCUGCCUCCCUCUGCCCGCUGGCCAGGCUGCAGGCCUGGGCCCUGCCUCGCAUGCCUUCCCUGCUGGGGGCCCAGAGAGCAUGCAGCUCACAGGUCAAAUGGAGCUUUCGCAGAGCAGUGGCCCCUUGAUGACACCACCCGUCUCCCCAGCCAUGGCCAGCCGAGGAAGCGUCAUUAACCAAGGGCCGAUGGCAGAGAGGCCCCCAAGUGUGGGCGCUGUGCUCCCCGUCACCUCUCACUGUUCGGCGUACCCGGAGUGCAUUUACCCUUCUCUGUCCCAGGCUACCCAUGACUUCUACGGGGCCAACUCCAGCUACCAGACUGUGUUCAGGGCCCAGCCCCAUGCCUCCUCAGGACUCCACCCCCGCGCAGAGCACGGCCGGUACAUGGUGUGGACAGAGCAGCAGCUGUCCCGAGACUUCUUCAGCAGCAGCUGUGCUGGGUCUCCCUACAGUCCUCGGCCACCCUCCAGCUACGGGCUGUCCCCACAUGGCCAGGAGUCACACAGCAUGCAGUUUGUCAACACAGGAAGCUUCAACCUCUUGGGCAGUUCGGGGACUGCCAGCUGCCAGGGAGUGGCCCUGCCUUCUAAUUCACCCAAUGGGUACUAUGGAGGCAGCCUCGGCUACCCCGAGCCUCACAGGCUGGGGUCCAUGGUGAACCAGCACGUCUCCGUCAUCAGCAGUGUGCGCUCUCUCUCUGCCUAUGGCGACAUCCAUGACCCACUUAACCUCUUGGACGACAGCAGCAGGAAGCAGACCAGCUCCUUCUACUCAGACUCGUCCACUCCAGGUGCCUGUCGGACCCCAGCACUAGCUUCCAGCUUGCAAGCCCCCAUCCCUUCCUCUUCGUCCCAGUGUAUGUACGGCACGUCCAGCCAGUAUCCUCCAGUACAAGAAGCUUUGGACUCCCACGGAGCAAGUGGAAGCGACCUUGUGUCCUCUUUGCCACCCAUCAACACUGUGUUUAUGGGCACAACAGGGGGAGGCACCUAG